GCAGAUAGCAAGCCGCGGCUUCUUUCUGGCAUUUGGUCGAACGGGUGAUGAGCGUCUCCUUGGGAUUUCGGAAAAAUACUUGAUCGACCAGGAGCGGCGCCUGAAAUCUCCUCCCAGGUGAGGGUUGCGAAUCUUGUUUUGCUACAGUUUGGCAUAACUUGUGGUGUUCCUUGUCCCGUCUUCUUGCAAGAAUUUCUCAGGGGAAUGCUGUUCGUUAGGAAACUGGGUCGUUCGAUCAAGAAAGAUCCUCUCUUGAAUUGGCGGUUGCCUCUCGCUGAUGAGCACGUUAUAGGUAGGGCCACAAUCAGACAAUACCCUCGAGCUUGCAAGUGCCAUCGGUCUGUCCGUUCUUUGUUUAAUGUGGAGAAAGAUGGUUUUGCAUCGAAACUUAUCGAGAGCGAAGUCAAUAGGCAUUGUGUAGCUAGCUAUUCAUCGUUCGUUGAGACGGUGUUGGUGCAGGCUAGAGAUCCUGCUAAACUCAGCAGUGAAUUGGUGGCCGCAGUUGACGAGCGUAGGCAUGAUGAUGCAUGGAAGUUGUAUGAGCUACAUAUGCAAAUGGAAGGGUUUCCCAGAAAGUCUGUGGUGCACAAGCUUAUAGUGAGUUUCACCGAAACCCUCGAUGUCCAGUGGCUCAAGAAAGCGUAUGGGUUGGUGGAAUGCGCUUUCGAGGAGGGUAAGCAGAACUUGUUUGAGAAGGAAACUCUAAUUUAUCUCUCUUUCGGUCUCACGAAGGGUGGGUUACCAAUUGCUGCAUCUACUAUGUUGAGGAAGUUGGUCGACAUGGAAGAGUAUCCCCCCGUUGCGGCUUGGUCCGCGAUCUUGGCUUACAUGUCUCAAACAGCACCUGGAGCUUAUCUCGCAGCUGAACUUGUUCUUGAGAUUGGUUAUUUGUUUCAAGAUGGACGAGUCGAUCCUCGUAAAAAGAGCAAUGCGCCUUUGGUUGCUAUGAAGCCCAAUACUACUGCUUUUAACAUUGCUUUGGCCGGGUGCCUCUUGUUUGAUACUUGCAGGAAAGCAGAGCAACUCCUUGACAUGAUGCCACGGAUACAGAUUAAAGCUGACACAAACUUAUUGAUUAUUAUGGCACAUAUACAUGAGAGGAAUGGCCGUCGAGAGGAGCUGAAGAAGCUUCAGAGGCACAUAGAGGAAGCUCCGAACCUAACUGAUAUGCAGUUCCGGCAAUUUUACAAUUGUUUGCUUACUUGCCAUUUGAAGUUUGGGGAUCUACAUUCUGCGUCCAGCAUGGUUUUGGAUAUGCUGCGCAAGGCAAAGGAAGCAAAAAACUCACUUGCUGCUGCUACGUUCGCAUUCGAUGGUACUAGGAAGGGUAAUGGUUUGACUGGUGGAGUAGUUUCUGGUCAAAGUGAUCAAAAUAGCAGAUUGGACUUCCUGGAGAAAGUGUCAUUGAAACAACAAGCUAUUAUAUCGUAUGAAGAGUUCUCUAAAGAUCGUAAGUUCGAGAAGCUGCAGACUGAGGCAGAGCAUGCUCUUACUGGGUUGUUGGCUAAGUUGCAGGUGCAAGUGGAACUGGUGACAACUCACCGUGGGAUUCUUCAACCAACAGAGAACAUAUAUGCGAAAUUGGUUAAGGCUUUUCUUGAAGCUGACAACAUCAAGGAUUUGGCAGAUUUCCUUAUUAAGGCAGAGAAAGAAGACUUGCCUGUUUCGAAUGAUAGUUCGGCCUUGGUUCAUGUCAUUAAUUCGUGCAUUUUACUUGGUUGGUUGGAUCAGGCAUACGAUCUCCUUGACGAGAUGCAUUUGGCUGGGGUUAGAACAGGUUCUGCUGUGUAUUCUUCUCUCUUGAAAGCAUAUUGCAAAGCCAACCGAGCCACAGAGGUGACAUCACUUCUCCGAGAUGCUCGUAAAGCAGGCAUCCAGCUAGAUGCAAGCUCUUACGAGGCAAUGAUCCAGUCUAGGGUUCUUCAUGAUGAUACUCAAGGAGCACUUAACCUAUUUAGAGAGAUGAAAGAUUCUAAAAUACCUCGAUUAGGUCAUCGAGAGUUUGAUUUAUUGGUCAAGGGUUGUGCUGAGAGUGGUGAGGCAGGUCUCAUGUCAAAGCUCUUGCAGGAAAUCAAAGAAGGUCAGAGCUUUGAUUGUGGUGUUCAUGGUUGGAACAACGUCAUUCAUUUUUUCUGCAAGAAGAGACUAAUGCAGGAUGCAGAGAAAGCUUUGAAGAAAAUGCGCAGUCUAGGGCAUACCCCUAAUGCACAGACAUUCCAUUCUAUGGUGACUGGGUAUGCUGCUAUCGGAGGAAAAUAUGUGGAGGUAACUGAGCUGUGGGGUGAAAUGAAAGCUCUCUCUGCUUCCUCCCCAAUAAAGUUUGAUCAGGAACUCUUGGAUUCUGUACUCUAUACUUUUGUGAGAGGUGGGUUUUUUGCUCGAGCAAAUGAGGUUGUUGGAAUGAUGGAAAAAGGAAACAUGUUUGUUGACAAGUAUAAAUAUCGCACGCUCUUCCUAAAGUACCAUAAAACACUUUACAAGGGUAAGGCUCCCAAAUUCCAGAGCGAAGCUCAACUGAACAAGAGAGAAGCAGCAUUGACUUUCAAAAAAUGGGUAGGAUUGAAUUGAAGAAGGAUCGACCACACUUCUUGUUGCUCUUAGAUGUUGAUCAAGCAAUAACUCAAACUAGAUUGUGUUCUGCAGUCAGAGUUGCUGGCAUCAGAAGUUGAUUCAUUGCUGUCUCCAUAUUGCUGGGGGAGGGGACCAAGUGCACCUUUCUGAGAAUAUACUGUCAUUUAACAUUGGCAAGAGAGAGAUGACAAGAAAGAUGUCUUCAUGUACAGGCAAGUUUUAUGGUCCAGCUAUUCUAUUAUUUUUUUUCACUAGGUGAGCUUCUUAUAUGUUUUUGUUGUUGUUUUCUAGUUGCUGUAUUUUUUGCUAGGAAGCAAAUGAAUUCAGAGGACAAUCAUGCCAUUUUGAGCUGCGGCUUGUUUUGGGCACUAACUCAUUAUGGAUCAGACAAAAGUAUGUAUAGACAGUAUGCAGCCUUGUAACCCUUCCAAUCUAGUUAAAACAAGGUUCUUUUGCCAUCCAUGCUUUCUGUUGUAUUCUUAUCCCUCUGACCGUAUUUACUGUAUUUUUUUCACAUCAACAUGAAUCUCUCUGAAGUUAGAAAUCGUUCUUAUUCAUUUCUGGUAUGCAUAUUCAAU